AUGAUGGCACGGGCGGGGUUGCUGGACGGCGAUCCUGGAGGCUGGCAGCAGCGUCGGUCGCGGGCCGAGCGCACGGCCGCGCGGCGGCGGGCGCUGGGGGCUGCCGACAACGGCCUGGCUGCGGCCAGGGCCGAGCGCGACGCGGCGCAGAGCGAGUUGUGCACGGUGCGGAAGUGCUUCGAGGCCGUCGUCGGCGACUCGGAGCUCGCCGACCGCAUCGCCACCCUCGCGCCAGCCCUGAGCGCUCUGCUGCGGGGGGGGGGGGCGCCUUCGGCCGAGGAGGUGCUAAGGCGCAGCGUGGCGCUGCAUGCGGAUGCCCCUGAGGGAGUGUCCAUCGCUACGGCGCCAUGCGAGGACUUGCGCCGCCUGCAGGAGAGCGACCGCCUGGAAGGCCGUCAGUUCACGGAGGGGCGGCUUGGAGACGCGACGGACUUGGACAUCUCCGUGGAGAUCUGCGUCGCGGAGCCUGCCACGUUCGGAGCUAGAGGAGGCCUUUGCGAAGCAGAUGUGCUCCUGGAUGAGCUGGCGCCCGCUGCCUUCGACGCCUGGGAUCCCGUUUCCGCCCCGCCCGAGACGCUGUCCUCGGAUGGGGGCGGUGAGGUGGCUGCGGCCAGCGACGCCUGGGAUCCAGAUGCCGCUCCGCCCGAGGCACUGUCCUCGGAUGGGAGCGAGGAGGGGGCCAUUGCCGAGGCCCUCGCCGAGUCGUCCUGGAGUGCCAUGGUUGAGGCCAUCCGUGGCCAAACUAUGGCCAGACGGCUCUCGGAGGACGUACAGGAAUCCUCGCGGGAUGCGCCACUCUGCGUUGUGCUGGUGCCAGCCGUGCCUUGA